AUGAGUGGAAGAGGAGAGGAGAUAGAGGAGAGUGAGAAGGAAUCAGCGAAUGAGGCAGAGGUAUGGAGUAUGCCGAAGAUGUUGGGGAGAAGGAGGAUUGGUAUGGAUGUGAAUGAAAGUGGAGGUAUGGAUGGGUGGAGGGGAAGAAAGACGAAUGUGGAGAAGUUGAGGAUGGAAGGGCAGCGACACGCGGCAUUUUCGAGUCUCGAGGUCUGGAGAAUGACCAGUUCAGGAAGUGAAGUGGAAACGGGGGGCGAGGAGAGAAGGAAGAGAGAAAGGGAACAGCAAGGGGAGGAAGUAGGAGGAGGUCUUAGAGAUAUUUUCCGGAGAAGUAAAAAAACGAAGAGGACACCAGAGAAGGGAGAGAAGGAGAAAAUAGAGUUGCAGGAUCUGGCGGUGUUGAUUUCGGGACUGAAGGGUGAGAUGUUGGCGAAACUGGAAGCGGUGCAGAGGCAGGGAAGUGAGACGAAGAGCGAGGUGGAAAGUAUGCGAGUGAAGUUGGGUGAAUGGGAGAAUGCGUGGAUAGAAGACAGUAGAGAGUUGUGGGAGAAAAUUGAGAGCAUGGAAGUGAGAGCAGUGAUGAGGGAAGAAGAGCGGAAGGGGGAGAUGAGACGAAUGGAAGAGAGAAUGAGAGCACUAGAGGAAGAGGUGGAGAGAUUGCUGGGAAUGUUUGGAGUGAGGGGUGAUGUGGAAGAAACAAGGAGAAUUGGUAAUGAUGCGGGUAGAGGGUCGGGUGUGAUAGUGUGGGCGAGGCUAGCGAGUGUGGAGAUGAAGAGAGAAGUGAUGCUGGGCAAGAGGGAGCUGAGAGGGAGACAGGAAAGAAUAGAUGGUGAUCUAACGUGGGACGAAAGAAGAAUGAGAUGGAUGAUGGAGAAGAGAGUGAGAAAGGAAAGGGAGAAAGGGAAUAUGGUGAGGAAUAGGGGGGAACAGGUGUGGGUGAAUGGAGAAGAAUGGAGGUGGGAUUGGGAGAGUGAUGACCUAGUAAAGCUGGAGGGAGGUCUCCAGGAGGUACAACGAGGGAAUCUUAGGAGAACGAGGAGGAGUGAAGGAGUCGAGAAUGCAACGAUGAAGAUGGCAUUGGAGUUGUCAGAGGAGAAGAAGAAGAGCGGGUGGUGGGAAGAUGAAUGUGUGGAAGCAAAGAAAAGCGUGAAAGCGAAGACGAAAGAAUGGAGGGAGGGAGUGGUGGGUAAGGAUGAAUGGAACGAGGAAAGGAAGAAAUUUCAAUCCAUGCUGAAGGCAAAGAAGGAGGAGGAAAGGAAAAGAUAUGAGCAGGAGGUGGAAGAAGCAGUGAGGGAGGGGCGGGAAUGGGAGGUUGUAAACAGGGAGACAAAGAGGAAGAAAGGAGGAACUGCUUGGAGGAGUGGAUCGAAGGGUGGUGGGACAUGGAAGGAGGAGAGUGGAAGUGGAGAGUGUUGGCGAGCCGAGUAUGGAAGAAGUGUGGUGAGGAAGCUGAAAAUGGGGAAGUCGUCUGCAGUUGAUGAGUUGGAGAAUGAAGUGUUCAAAUGGGGGGGAGGAAAGGUAACCAGAGCGAUAUGGAAGCCUGUUAUUGUCGGAUUUGGAAGAGCGGAUGCAGAGAAAGAGGAAAGGAGGGUGAUACUAGAGUUUGAGCAGUACGUGAAGGAAAAGGAUCUGGUAGUGAAUGUGAGGAAGACGAAGAUGAUGGAGUGUGGAAAGAGGAAGAGGACGUGGAUGGUAGAGAGAUUGUGGAGGAUGAAUGGACAGGAAGUGAAUGAAGUGCAGAAGAAUGGAAGCUAUGGAGGAGAAGUUUAUGAAGUAGGUAUUUGGAGUGAGCAGGCAAUGUCCAGGUUAUAUGGUGAGGGAUGA